GAGAGGACUUCAUUAAACAAUACUCCAAAUCUUCAAAAACCCUCAGGGACCUUUCACACACUCCCAGCGACACUCCCUCCUCCUGCUGUCUUUUCAUCUCUGUCUCUCCCUCUCUCUCAUUGUUGAAGAAGUUUGACAGGGAAAGAAACAAUCUCUCUGUGUCUGCGAGUGUGGUUUUCACUGAGAAAAAUGAGGGGUCCUAUGGGGGCAGUGAUAGGGAGGUACCCCCCAAGUGAUGGGAGUGCCCAAAUGAGUUCAAUCAUUAGGCACAAUAGGAAAUGCAGGGAUCUUGUCUUCCUCGUAAUCUUCAUAGCCUUCUGGGUUGCCAUGAUUGUUAACUCCAGCUUUGGAUUCAACCAAGGAAACCCUUCAAGGCUCACUUAUGGACUGGACUACAAAGGAAAUGUUUGUGGUGACAAGCAUGCAAAACCUGGUCUUAAGGAACUGGAACUCAAAUAUUGGUUAAAUCCUAACCAGGUUUACCUUAGUGGUUUAAAAGACAAUCAAUUCAAGUUGGCCAAUGCUCGGAGUAUAUGCUUAUUGGAUUGCCCUAUCCCUUAUGAAGAUUCACUAAGUUGGGUGUGUGAUUAUCCUGAUGGAGAUAUCCGUCUCUCAAUGGAUGAUUGGAUCGACAGGAAUUAUGAUUAUUAUGAGUUCCUUACACCAGAAUUGAGAAACACCUCUCUUCAACUUCAGGGUCCUUGUUACCCUGUCAUAUUUCCCAGUAUAAAUGUUUAUUGGACUUGCCAAUUUAUUGCUCGUCCCUCCAACGUAUCUUUGACGCAUUGGCAGCAAAUGGGUGGAGUGAAAAUCAAUGAGGACAUUAUUAUAGACAAAUCUAUUCACAAGGCCAUCAAUUCUCGGUCAUCCGUCUUUAAGAGAUACAUGGCUGAUAUUGGAAAGGCAUGGCCGGUGCUGAUUGUUUGUGGAGGAAUAUUGCCACUUUUUCUGUCAGUGAUUUGGCUGCUUCUGAUUCGUCAUUUUGUUGCUGCAAUGCCUUGGAUUACAGUCGGUCUCUUUAACAUUCUCAUGAUAGCAGUCACAAUGUUCUUUUACUUAAAAGCUGGAUGGAUAGGAAAUGAUAGCAUCACCCCAAUCAUUGGUGAGCACGAUCCAUACAUUCACAUAAUUGGAAGGGAAUUACAUCAUCUCCAUGCUGUUGCUGUUAUUAUGACCUCUAUUAUGGUUGUUUCUAUCCUUACAUCAAUUGCUAUAGUCCGCCGCAUCCUUAUGGCAACGUCUGUCCUCAAGGUUGCUGCAAAGGUCAUAGGAGAAGCUCAGGCGCUCAUAAUAUUCCCAGUCAUUCCAUAUACCAUCCUUGCAAUUUUCUACAUGUUCUGGUUUUCAGCUGCUUUCCAUCUGUUCAGUUCUGGUCAGGUUGUCCAGAAUGACUGCAAUUUGAACUGCUGUGCUUAUGAUCUUGUGUCAAAACGAGUGAACUGUGAUCGUUGUUGCGGUUAUAGCAUUCAUUACACUCCUCAUAUUGGAGUUGCCAUCCUUUUCCACCUAUUUGGAGGUUAUUGGGCUACCCAGUUUUUCAUAGCAUGCUCUUCCACAGUUAUUGCGGGUGCUGUUGCUUCUUAUUAUUGGGCUCGUGGUGAAACUUCACCAGAAAUUCCAUUUCUUCCAGUCUUUGCCUCCAUGAAACGCCUUGCACGCUAUAACCUUGGGUCGGUUGCUCUCGGCUCCCUGAUUGUGUCAUUUGUGGAAUCAAUCCGCUUUAUGCUUGAGUCAAUUCGUCGCAGACUAAAAGUGGCUGGAACCACACCCGAUAACUGGUUUGGAAAGGCUGUGUACCAUGCUUCUAGAUUUUUCCUGAGGUGUAUUGAGUGGACAAUCAAAUCAGUCAAUCGCAAUGCCUACAUUAUGAUUGCUAUAACGGGUAGCUUCUGCAAGGCUUCUGCAAUCGCAACAGAUUUGAUCAUUAGUAACAUUCUUCGGAUAGGGAAGGUGAAUGUGAUUGGUGAUGUCAUCCUAUUCCUUGGAAAAUUAUGUGUCAGCCUCUCAACUGCCCUUUUUGCUUUCCUUAUGUUGGAUACCCACAAAUACAAAUCUGGCCACAACAAGAUCACUUCUCCACUGUUUCCUGUGUUGGUUUGCUGGGCUCUCGGCUAUGUGGUUGCCACUCUUUUCUUUGCUGUGGUGGAGAUGUCAAUCGAUACCAUCAUUCUUUCAUUCUGCCAGGAUUCCGAAGAGCACCAAGGGACUGCCCAGUAUGCUCCACCACUUCUGAUCCAAACUCUAGACGACCAAAACGAGAUGCAGAGACUCACCCAAGGACCCCAAUCAGAUAGCUUAGACGUAUAAUUUUACUUUCGCAAUCUUUGCUUGAUGGAAUUUGAGAAUCCCCUUGUAAGGUGAUAAAGCCUGCCACCCAGUACUUAUCCUAGUCCUUGAAUUUUUGUGUUCCGUCUGUAUAUAUUCAAGUGUUAGGCGAAACCGAGGGGGAAAACGGGUGCCUCUAUACAAGUUUAGAAUAUCCGUCGCUGUAAUUGAGAUACAUUUGAAAGAAAUUAGAGUAAUCAGAGUAAUUAUGCAAUGCUACAAAUCUCGCAUGAAAUUAUUGAAA